CGCGGAGACGCGGAAGCGGCGGCCGGCGGCACCCGGCUCCCCGCGCUCCCAGGCGCGUUCGGUCGGCCGGGCGGCGGCGGCGGCGGGAUGGAGCCCGCGACCGCGCCCCAGCCCGACAUGGCGCCGGAGCUGACCCCGGAGGAGGAGCAGGCCACCAAGCAGUUUCUUGAAGAGAUUAACAAGUGGACGGUUCAGUACAAUGUUUCCCCCCUCUCUUGGAAUGUGGCUGUCAAGUUCCUCAUGGCCCGGAAGUUUGAUGUGCUUCGUGCCAUAGAGUUGUUCCACUCCUACAGAGAAACACGAAGGAAGGAAGGCAUUGUGAAGCUGAAACCUCAUGAGGAACCUCUCCGUUCUGAGAUCCUUAGUGGGAAAUUCACCAUCUUAAAUGUUCGGGACCCAACAGGAGCCUCCAUUGCCCUCUUCACUGCCAGAUUGCAUCACCCCCACAAGUCAGUCCAGCAUGUGGUACUUCAGGCUCUGUUUUACUUGCUAGACAGAGCUGUGGAUAGCUUUGAAACUCAGAGGAACGGACUGGUGUUUAUCUAUGACAUGUGUGGUUCUAAUUAUACCAACUUUGAACUGGAUCUUGGCAAGAAGGUCCUAAACCUGCUGAAGGGAGCAUUUCCUGCUCGUUUGAAAAAAGUACUGAUUGUGGGAGCACCAAUAUGGUUCCGAGUGCCCUAUUCCAUCAUCAGCCUCCUCCUGAAGGACAAAGUCCGGGAGAGGAUUCAGAUAUUAAAGACAUCUGAGGUCACCCAGCACCUGCCCAGGGAGUGCCUUCCAGAAAACCUGGGUGGGUACGUCAAAAUUGACCUCGCGACUUGGAAUUUCCAGUUCCUACCCCAGAUGAAUGGCCACCCAGACCCCUUCGAUGAGAUCAUCCUGUUCUCCCUCCCUCCUGCCUUAGACUGGGACUCAGUACAUGUUCCAGGCCCCCACGCCAUGACCAUCCAAGAGUUGAUGGACUAUGUUAGCACCAGGCAAAAGCGGGGGAUAUAUGAGGAGUAUGAAGACAUCCGCCGUGAGAACCCUGUUGGCACUUUCCACUGUUCUAUGUCUCCAGGAAACCUAGAGAAGAACCGCUAUGGGGAUGUACCCUGCCUGGACCAAACUAGAGUGAAGUUGACCAAACGAAGUGGCCACACGCAGACAGAUUACAUCAAUGCCAGUUUCAUGGAUGGCUACAAGCAGAAGAAUGCUUACAUUGGUACACAAGGCCCUUUGGAGAAUACUUACCGUGAUUUCUGGCUCAUGGUAUGGGAGCAAAAAGUCCUGGUGAUUGUCAUGACCACCCGCUUUGAGGAAGGCGGCAGGAGAAAGUGUGGCCAGUACUGGCCAUUAGAAAGAGACUCUCGGAUCAGAUUUGGCUUCCUCACGGUGACCAAUCUAGGCGUGGAGAACAUGAACCAUUAUAAGAAAACAACGCUAGAAAUUCACAACAUAGAGGAGCGGCAGAAACGCCAGGUGACCCACUUUCAGUUCCUGAGCUGGCCAGAUUAUGGUGUCCCUUCCUCGGCAGCUUCUCUCAUCGACUUCUUGAGAGUGGUCAGGAACCAGCAGAGGCUGGCUGUCAGCAGUAUGGGAGCGCGCUCCAAAGGGCAGUGCCCUGAGCCACCCAUUGUCGUCCACUGCAGUGCAGGCAUUGGCAGGACAGGUACCUUCUGCUCACUGGACAUCUGCCUAGCACAGCUGGAGGAGCUUGGCACCCUUAAUGUGUUCCAGACAGUGUCCCGCAUGAGGACCCAGAGGGCCUUCAGCAUCCAGACCCCUGAGCAGUACUAUUUUUGCUACAAGGCGAUCCUGGAGUUCGCAGAGAGGGAGGGCAUGGUGCCUUCCAGUCACAACCUCCUGGCCAUGGAGGGUCAGUAACUGUCCCACGAUCCUCCCACGUGCUGGCCAGCCUUCCUUAAACUACCCUGGACACCGCUGAGCCUAUAGGUUGCCGUCAGUUAUGCUGAAGCAAUGGACCAACCUCUUCCUCAUGUCUCCUGGCGCACUCGUGCACGCAAGGCAGCCGUUCCCUUUGGCUAGAUAGAUGUGGUGAAAUUGCCACUAGAGAGGGCCAGCAGCAAUGUGUUCUUAAUUCCUAGCACCUGCUAUCGAACUGUGCCUUAUUAAAACCAAAUUGUGGCUAUCGGUUUUUGCCAGGGGCCCCGAGGUAAGUGGGGAAGGAAACUCCCUCCCCCCUUUCCCAAUGCCAUUCUCCUUCUUGAGGUCUCUUUCCCAUUCCUUCCCUUUGCUAGGAUUUGAUGGGGAGGUUUGAUGAGCGUCCACCUUCCUUCCCAGAGAGCUUGACCAAGUUACAUACUCUAGAGAACGUCCCGAGUGCCAAGCACGUUUAUACCUAGGGCGUGUAUUCCAGUCUUUUCUGUCAUUCUGUGUGUAUGUGUGUGUGUGUGUGUGUGUAUGCGCACAUGUGCGCGCGCACUUACAUGUAUGGGUCCAUAUGUACGUGUGUAUAUAAUAUAUAUUGUAUGUAAUAAUAUGGUCGUAUUCUAUAAAUACAUAUACACAGAGAUACUCCUUUGUAGACUUUCCUGGGGCUCCGUGUUGCAGUUCAGGACUCUUUGCUUCUUGGACCCAACUGUUUAUCCUGGACUAGCUGGGGCUGGGGAUCACAUCCCUUGUUGUCAGACUGCAGAGUGGUGGAAGAGAACACACACACACAUCCACUCCUCAUGCUCCUACCACAGGCCCUCAUUCUUACGUAAGGACUUACCUCUUUCCAGAAUACUGGAGCCAAGAAUUCUGAUUUAUGGUGACACUGGUUUAACUUAGCAUGAAUUGCCCUUAUCUAAUGAUUUUACUCUGUUUACUUUGCCAAUGUGGGGAAUAGACCUCCACUGUGAUUCCAGACCCCUCUUUCCUCUCUCUGUCUCUUGGGGCUUGGGGUCUGGGAGUAAAGAGCAGUCAGAGCCAAGAGCAAUUGGUACGAAGUCUUAGAAGAAAAGAGAGGGAGCCCAGGUGUGGGAGAGAAAGGAAACUACUAUGAGAAUCCCUCCUUGGGAGAAUGAACUGGGGCCCCUUUUUCUUUUGCUAGAAAGUUCCUUUCCUUAUGCAACUUGGACCUGUCCACUUAAAUGCCCAUCUCUUCCUUCCUAGAAGCCUGCCAGAUCCUGGAGCUCAGGCUGGGUGGGCUCUGUGUCAAUAAAAAGCUUAACCCCUGGCUGGGUAGCGCAGUUGCCUGCAAUCACUGUUUGCCCCCUAUUCACCCAUCCUGUCCCUGUCUGCUCCCAGCCUGCCCAGCCUGAUGUGCCAGGGAUGGAAUCAAAGAGUCCCCAGCACUCCACAUUCGCAAGAAAAUCCUAGGAACCCAUAAACCUUCUCCCAUCCCAGAUGAGGUUGGCAGCUGAUCAGACCUCAAUACUUUUAUACUGUAAUAAGCUCUUUGAAUGUAUAUAUUCUUAUUUUUACAAUCUUUUCAUUUUGUAUUUAACAUCAAUGGACUGAGUCAGAUUCAGAAAAUAAUUGUAAAUGUUCAUAUUCAAUAUCUUAUAGCGAUACAGUUUUGUAUUUACAUAUAAAUAUACCGACAUGAUCAAACCC